CGGGUCAUCCUUGGCAGCCAUUUUGACUCGAGAGAAUGGAAUACGGACUAAAAAGGAAAUUCAUCGGUGUCGACCUCCUUUGAAACAGUCAACACAGUGGUUUACGUGGCACCAAUAGCUUCAUCAGUUAUUGAACUUUGAGAUAGUGUCGAUAGAUUUAUUCUCAAUGUAGGUCUGUAUGGGAAACGAACCAACAUUUUACAUGGUACAACUAACGAGAGUUUCCAGUUUUACGGGAACCGGGAGGGUGCUGUCUCGGGUUCCUCGCAUAUGUUUAGUGUUUGUUGUGAAGUAAACACUAAACGUUUUCUUAGUUUGUUCCGUCCAAGAAACAGCCAUUUUUCGCACAUUCAGCAAGUACUUUAGGGAAAUUAGUCAGUUAGGCCAAUCUAUACGAAAAUUUGCAAAAAUGCCGGCGCAAAGUCGUGCACGAGUGUAUGCUGAUGUGAACAUCCACAGACAAAGAGAGUACUGGGACUACGAGUCUCAUGUAGUCGAGUGGGGGCAACAAGAUGACUACCAAAUCGUCAGAAAGCUUGGCAGAGGAAAAUACAGUGAAGUCUUUGAAGCAGUGAAUAUCACAAACAAUGAGAAGUGUGUCAUAAAAAUUCUAAAGCCUGUAAAAAAGAAGAAGAUCAAAAGAGAAAUAAAGAUUCUUGAAAAUCUGCGUGGAGGCACAAAUGUCAUUUCUCUCUUGGCUAUAGUUAAAGACCCUGUGUCAAGAACACCAGCCUUGAUAUUUGAGCAUGUCAAUAACACAGAUUUUAAGACAUUGUAUCAAACUUUCACAGAUUAUGACAUUAGGUUCUACUUAUUUGAAUUGCUAAAGGCAUUGGACUACUGUCACAGCAUGGGUAUCAUGCACCGAGAUGUGAAACCACACAAUGUCAUGAUUGACCAUGAAACCAGAAAAUUGAGGUUGAUAGACUGGGGUUUGGCAGAGUUCUAUCAUCCAGGCAUGGAGUACAAUGUAAGGGUAGCUUCUAGGUAUUUUAAAGGCCCAGAAUUAUUACUGGACUAUCAGAUGUAUGACUACUCACUAGAUAUGUGGAGUCUUGGUUGUAUGUUUGCUAGCAUGAUUUUUAGGAAGGAACCAUUUUUCCAUGGCCAUGACAACUAUGAUCAGUUGGUGCGGAUAGCCAAAGUGUUGGGAACAGAUGAGUUGUAUGCUUACAUAGAAAAAUAUCAGAUUGAUUUGGAUCCUAGGUUUAAUGAUAUUUUAGGAAGGCAUUCAAGAAAAAGGUGGGAAAGGUUUGUACAUAGUGAAAAUCAGCACUUGGUAAGCCCAGAAGCACUGGAUUAUCUAGACAAACUACUACGAUAUGACCAUCAAGACAGACUCACAGCUAGAGAAGCAAUGGAACACCCAUAUUUUUACCCUAUAGUGAAGGAACAGGGUAGGAUACCAUCAAUGUCUGGUCACAGUUCUCCAACCCCAAUCACAAAUGCAGGACAGAUAGGAGGUGCUCCUCCCGCGGUGAACAGCUCCGUGGCAGUGUCCAGCUCUCCUGUCAUGACCCCUAGUAUGUCGCCCCUCCCCAACAGUGCUGCGGCAACAGCCCAGUCAUAGGGGGCCAGCAAACGUCACAUUGCCUGCCUGUCUGUCUGCCUGAAUGCCUGCCUGCCUGUCUGUCCGCUGUCAGAUCAAAUCUGUCGGCUAGUCGGUCUGUCUGUGUGGGCACAUCCAGAUCAGUAUGUGAACAUUUGUGACCAAGUGAAUGUGCUAUAUGGAAGAUUUUAGUAUCAAAGAGGGCCCAAUCAGUACGUUAAUGAUGAUAAAUAUUAUUAUAGUACCUGGUCUGAAAGUCAAAACAUGUUCCAUUGUGAUGUAGUUUAUAAUGAAAUGUAGUUGGUACAUUUGUGACGAUUAUGUUACUUGGGUGUAUUGGCUGUACCGCUAUUAGUGAUAUUGACUUCUUGAUAUGAGUGAAAUGUACGGAUUUCCUCAACAUUUACAGUAUAUAUGGUGUACACUACAAACAUUUGCAAUUUUUAGCGCUCUGGUUAAUGUACUGGACAGUGUGGGGACACAGACUCCUUGAGUGAUUUGUUGAAGGUGAUAUUACUCACCUUGUACAUGACUGGGCAGGUUAAUUACAUAGAAGCUAGGUAACUAACAGAGUAAGUGUCUAUUAAUGCAGUAUUUGGUGUCUAACUCUUUGUGCUACAGAUGUGUUAUUAGUGUAUAUGAACAUAUUUAAGGGGACGGGGGAUUCAACAAUUACAAUACCUAUUUACCUAUAAUAGAUGGAGACAUACCCUGUUUUGUCUCUAACUUUAUCACCCAUGGUCAUUCACUUGCAUUUAUUUAUUAAUAAGUGAUGUGUAUAAUGUAUUGUAAUGUGAUUCGAUUUAUACAAAUAAUUAGAACAACAGUUGUGAAGUAUAAUACACUAGUAUAUUUGUUACAAGAUAGGUGGUAACAAGUUUUAUUAAUAAAACAAAUUGUAUUGUUAUUUGUAUAAACUGAUAUAAAACAGUAUAAUAUAUUUUCAUGAUUGUCUCAAGUUGAAAGAUGGUAAAUCCCAGUUAAACUGAAGAUGCAAACAUAUUGUUUAAGACAUUACUGAGCAUCAAUUGUGUAUCUGUAUCGGCCUCAGCAAUCACCAUUUUCUGUUGCAUAUGUAACAUGUAGACAUACCUGUCAACUCUCACAAUCUUGGUACAACAGUCUCGAGCUUUUAUAUGAAGCUCCAUAUUCUUGCAAAAUCAUCACGGACAUUGGUCUGGUUUAUGGUAAAAGUGUGGGUGUGUGUGUGUGAAACUGAUGAUGAUGGACUUAUUGAACAUUGGCCAGGGUGAUCAGAUAUAACAGGGUAUGGGUGUUGAGGGCAUUGGUGUGACUUACCAGGUGGCUAGUAGAAUUCGUCAAUCAGGGAAACUUGAUUGACACUAGAGUGAAGGUCCUUAUUCUGUAGUGUGUAUCCAAGUUUUAUCUCGGUCAAUACAUCAAUAUGUCUUGGGUAUAUCAAUUUUGCAUGUGUGUACAUCCUUAGGUCAAGGAGUGUCACCAUGGUAUAUUGGGUAUUGUAUCCUCUAAUUAUGGCCCUUUUAAUUGGUUGUUGCUUGACUUGGUAAUUGAUUCUAGAAAGUGUUAUCAAAUUUUUUAUUUAUUUUUUUCCCAAAUGGUUUAAACACAGCACUGAUCAAACCAUGCUCUCUGUAAGACCAGUCUGUCUCUUUAGAAAUCCAAAUCUCACUUCCUGUUUUAUGUUGGGGUUGACAGGUAUGCUUGUUAAACCAACUAGAUAUAAUCCCUCACAAAUGGUGUGUCUAUAGCAAGUUAUAUUUAGCAGCAUAAUACUUUGUUAAAUAUUGACAAUGGUUGAGUCUGUGUAGACAGAACAGGAUAGAUGCUUCAUCAAUGUUUUAACUGAUACAUGCUCGAUAACUGGGUCAGAAUGUCCUGUUGGUUCAUAUCACUUGUCAUAUCUACAUAAUGUUGCAACUGACCACAGUCAUGUGAGAUUCUAUCAUAUUCUCUUUAACUUGUGUGUAGGAAGUAUGACAGGAGGGCAACCUGAGAUUUUUAUGUGAUACAGUAAUCUUAUGAAUGAAUGUGUGCUUUACAUGCCAAAAUGUGUUUUAAGAAAAUGUGAGGUUUAUGUUCAAUUUUUUUUAGAAGGCUGGUAUGGGAUAACACUAUAUUUGAAGCAUAUGUUUUGUUUAGGUUCCUAAUGGACAAAAGAGUUUGUAGCCUUAUAUUGUGAAUAAAUUUUGAGGUAAUUUUUCAAGAAAACAUAAAACAUGUUUUUUGUAUGUUAAAAUUUAAGAUAUUGUAAAUUGGAAGUGAGUGACUUAGUAUGUGUAUUUGAAUUUGCUUUGACAUUAUGAUUGUUAGGGUACAAUUUUUUCUUCUUCUCCAGACUAAAAGUUCAAACAGCUUCCAUAGAACCUAAAAUGCCCAGAUACUUUGGUUUCUUUGUAGAGUGCAACCACAUUCAUUCAUACACUGGUUUUUGGCUACAAUGGAACCAAAUUAUCUGGACACUGGUUUCGGGUAAUCCAGACACAAGGGUUUGUGUUUGCUCCCUCUAGAUAAGUUUCUGGGCACUAUGGAAUGAACUCUAAUAUAACCUUUGUAGUUCGGACAAUUUAGUUCCUUAUUAACAUAGACAUUAUGGAUCUGUAUGCUGUGAAACCUAACAAGUCUGGUUUCUAUCAAGUGUGGUUGACAGGGCCUCAUUAGUUGAUAAAUUGUUUGCUAUACAGUGACACUUCCUUAAAUAGUCAUUUCGGUUCUUUGUUAAAAGAACUUUCAUUAUUCCAGGUAAAGGUAGUUACACUACUAAUUGUACUAGACUGGACUGACCUGAUAUUAUGGAAAUAUUUAAGUUGCAUACAUUCAGUCUGAUCAAUGUUAUGUAGCACAAAGUCAGUCUGAUCAAUGUUAUAUAGCACAAACUCAGUCUGAUCAAUGUUAUGUAGCACAAAGUCAGUCUGAUCAAUGUCAUGUAGCACAAACUCAGUCUGAUCAAUGUUAUGUAGCACAGUCAGUCUGAUCAAUGUUAUAUAGCACCAAAGUCAGCCUGAUCAAUGCUAUGUAGCACAAAGUCAGUUUGAUCAAUGUUAUGUUGCACAAACUCGGUCUGAUCAAUGUCAUGUAGCACAAACUCAGUCUGAUCAAUGUUAUGUAGCACAGUCAGUCUGAUCAAUGUUAUAUAGCACCAAAGUCAGCCUGAUCAAUGCUAUGUAGCACAAAGUCAGUUUGAUCAAUGUUAUGUUGCACAAACUCGGUCUGAUCAAUGUUAUGUAGCAUGAAAGUCAGUCUGAUCAAUGUAAUGUAGCACAAACUCAGUCUGAUCAAUGUUAUGUAGCACAAACUCAGUCUGAUCCAUGUUAUGUAGCACAAACUCAGUCUGAUCAAUUUUAUAUAGCACCAAAGUCAGUCUGAUCAAUGUUGCAUAGCACAAACUCACUCUGAUCAAUGUUACGUAGCACAAACUUAGUCUGAUCAAUGUUACAUAGCACUGAUCAAUGUUACAUAGCAAAAAGUUGGUCUGAUCGAUGUUACAUAGCAUUGAUUGAUGUUACAUAGCAUUGAUCAAUGUUACAUAGCAUUGAUCAAUGUUACAUAGCACCAAACUCAGUCUGAUCAAUGUUAUAUAGCACAAACUCAGUCUGAUCAAUGUUAUGUAGCACAAACUCAGUCUGAUCAAUGUUAUAUAGCACAAACUCUGUGAUCAAUAUUGGAUGUGGAUGCAUUGGUGCAAUUCUAGCAUAGGGUAUGUAUAGUCUUCAGUAACUUAUCACUUACAGUAAAAUAGCUGUGGAUUUCAUUGGGCAUCAACAAUAGAAUAAAAAAAGCAGAAAUAAACAUGUUAAAAUUGUAUGUAUGUGAUCAUGAUUUGGAAGUAAAAUCCAUGUUCAGAGAAUUUAAGUAUGUUGAAAGUAAUGGUUAUGAUAUGUUGAAUGUAGUUUUUAACUCGGCAUAGUAAGAAACUAAAAAAGAAAUAUCAAAAUCAGUCUAGUUUUAUUUUUGAAUAUUCGUGACUAUUUUAACACACUUUAAGUAAUUUCAGGUAUGAAGCUUGUAUUAAUGAAUUCUUUAUAUUACAAAGCAAAGUAUUGAACAUGCAUUCAUAUGAAGAUAAAUUAUGCAAGUGCUGUGUGUAUAAUAGUGUUGUAUGAAGUAUCUAGAUGCACAAAGGCAUAUGUUUGUACCAUAGAGCUGUGUAUGAAGUCAGUCGCGAUUUGGCUUCCCUGGUUCUGAAGCCAAAGGAGGUGGUCUUCACAUGUUUAUGUGGAUAGUUAUACAAGCAUACAGGUGACCAAACCAAAUCUUACAUAGAGCAGGAUACCGGAAUUAUUGAUGUGCAUUGUUUGUUUUAUUUAUGUUUUCCUCCAAAUUUUGUAGAAAUGUGGGGAUGGGAGGGAAUAAUACUGUUAUAAGUUUUCUUUUCUUGAUAACUGCAUUUUAGUAUGGCCUAAUUUGGAGGAAAAAAUGAAAGGAAACGGCUCUAGAUAAACCGGUAUAAGUUUCUCUAACAUUUUUGGUAAAUUAGAGAAACCCACGUUACAGUAUAUUAUUUCAUUGAUCUGCAAAGAAUUUUAAAAAAUAAAAUUCUGAAAUCUA